AUGGGUGUGGUUGGGAUGCUACCCAAAAGAUUACUUAGGUAUCUGCUGUACUUGUUGACAGCUUUGGUGUUGUCUAGCUUUGUACUCUUGUUUGCUCAUAAGCAUGAAUUGAUAGUGCUUGAUAAUUAUCUCCCAACUCACUUAACACCAUCGUUCUUUCAACCUCCUAGUGAGUUGUACAUUGUUGAUGUUUCCAUUAACAACUGUGCGAAAUGGAAUCGCAAGUCCAACACCUGUGGACUUCCCGGAGGGAAGUAUGGACGUUAUGGGGACUUGAAAAGCGCUGGAGGAUGGAUAAAAGUUCCUAAAGAUUUAACGUUGGGCAAGAAGCUUUUCAGUAGAGAGUAUCUUUCAUAUAAGCAAGUUCAACGGAAGUACUUUACCCAGGGACCAGCGGAAGAUGACGUUGAUCAUGACGAAAAGGAGGAAGAUUUGGAAGACCAUGAAUAUGAAAUGGUUAUAGUAGAUUUAGCUGUGGGUGAUCCAAUCAAAGAUGCUCUCAUCAAAGGCAAUGAGAAGACAAAAUAUCCCAGAUAUGUUUUGGAAGACUUUGCAUCUUCAAGAACGUUUACGGACGAAGACUAUAAGGAGAUGCUUGAGAAUGGUGAGAUCCCAAGUGGUGAUGCAUUGACAUGGGAUAAAUCUAAAUCAACUAGCAACCAGGUUUCUGGGGAAGAGAUCAACAGAAUUGAGAAUGAAGCAGUAAGGAAGAUGGAUGAAGAUAAGAAGAAGCAGAGUGAAUUCAAUUCUGAAACCCCAGAAGAACAAUUGAGUGACGCUCUUAUUCAAGAUGAAAGUAAGAAUUCAAAGGAAGAAGAAACUGAGAAGAACAAAUCCAAUGGAGCCCAAUUGAACCAAUUGGAAAUUGAAGCGGAAGAAAAGGCAGAAAUGAAGAAACAAAAGGAAGAUUCGGAAUCUGAUGCAGAGAAAUUGAAUGAAGCUUUAUCGGAAGAAGAACAGGAGAAUAGGAAGAAGAAUAAAAAUAGGAAGAACAAGCAAACGGAUAGCAAUAAUGCUCGUCCUUCUGAAAAGGAAGAACAGAAGAAAGCAAAAGAAGAAAUGGAUAAAUUAAUGAAUGAAAAGGAAAAGGAAAAGGAAAGCGAUAAACUUACUAAACGUGAUCUUGGACGUCUUAUUGAGAAGAGAAAACUUGAAAAUGAUAGACAUGCACUUAAUGGAUAUCAUCAUAUACCUACUAAGGAAGAAAUCACCAAAAAAGGUUGGGUUGCAAAAUCUAAUGGGGUUUGGGCUAAAUAUGGUAGGUAUAAAACAAAGUAUCCUGUCACAGCCAUUGAUUUAUUAUUUGGUCACGAUGCCGUGGAACCUCGACCAAAUUGGAAGUUGAUUAAGACUCCAUUACAAGGAAUUAAUAGUAGUAAGUAUCCUGCUUUUAUUACUUUCAGAAAGGGACCCAAAAUGGACUAUAAGAAGAAUUAUCGGAAAUCAUUGAAUUUCAAUUCUAAUGGUAAGUUUAAGAUUUUACAAGUGGCUGAUUUACAUUUUUCAACAGGGUAUGGGAAAUGUAGAGAUUCUUCACCUUCCAACACAAAGAAAGGAUGUCUAGCAGAUCCUAGAACUCUUCAAUUUUUGGAGUCAGUGUUAGAAAUUGAAAAACCUGAUUUUAUUGUAUUAACAGGAGAUCAGAUCUUUGGAGAAGCUUCACCCGAUGCUGAAACUGCAGUUUUCAAAGCUUUACAUCCAUUUAUUAAAAGAGGUAUUCCCUUUGCUGUUACUAUGGGGAAUCAUGAUGAUGAAGGGUCGCUUUCUCGAAGUGAGAUCAUGGGGGUUUCCUCUAGUCUUCCAUAUUCAUUAGCUCAAGAAGGUGCUGAAAGUAUUGCCGGAAUUGGAAAUUAUGUGCUUAAUGUUAGAGGGAAACAUUCUCAACCAUCGAUGAGUUUAGUGUUUCUUGAUUCCCAUAAAUACUCUCCCAACCCAAAGGCACAACCAGGGUAUGAUUGGAUUAAGGAAAGUCAAUUGAAAUGGCUAGAAGAUCAAUUCAAAUCUAAGGCCAGUCGUCAAGGAUUAUCUAUGGCAUUCUUCCACAUCCCACUUCCAGAGUAUCGGAAUUUGAACCAACCAUUUAUUGGUGAAAACAGGGAGGGGGUCACUGCUCCUACCUAUAAUCUGGGUGCAAGAUCUUUAUUUGGUAACUUGGGUAUUAGUGUGGUUAGUGUAGGACACGAUCAUUGUAAUGAUUAUUGUUUGCUUGACACCUUCAAAGGAGAUUUUCUGGAGAAUAAAGUAUGGCUCUGCUAUGGAGGCGGAUCUGGUGAAGGGGGCUACGGAGGCUAUGGAGGUUAUAUCCGUAAGCUUCGAGUGUAUGAAGUUGAUAACAAUAAGCAAGAGAUCAAAUCAUGGAAGAGGAGUGAAGAUGAUCCCAAUAAAGACUUUGAUCACCAGAUUCUUGUAUCUGAAGGCCAAGUGGUUAACAUGUAG